AGGCCACUAGCAUCUCGUCCUUGCCGCGGUUUUUGCUGAUUUUGGCCGUGCUGCGCGCUUGAUUGCAGUAAGGAGCAAUGCGCGCAGUCCUCCUACUGCUCGCGGGCACCGCUGCGCGCCGCCGCGGCGGCCCGCCACCGCUGCGCCACAAAAACAAGGGUACCGGCCUCACAGGCGGCGGGCCCGCGCGGCGCCGCGGCGGAGCGCAUCCGCUGCGCCACAAAAGCAACGGGCGCGCGCGACCGCUGCGCCACCAAAGCCGGGGCGGAAUCGACCUCACCGGCGGCGGGCCGCUCAUCGAUGGCGACGGCUUCCUUAGAGAUCUGCUCCCAGUGCUGGACUACGACGAGUCGCAGGAGAACGUGACGACGAAGACGCCGACGCGCGGCCGCGCGCGGGGCUACCUGCGCGCGCGCCAGGUGCCCGGCGACGGCGCGUGCCUCUUCCACACGCUAAGCGCGGGCUUGUGGGAGUCGGUGAACGGCACGCACCACCCGAUGGACCGCAAGGUCCUGAGGAGCCAGUCCCUGCGCCUGCGCGCGCGGGCCAUCGACGUGCUCGAAGAUAGGAGAGACCCGAAGCUCUACAUGGGCGACAACGAGUACAUGAAGGCCUCGCAAUUACUCGAGAUGGCGGCGGAGCAGGCCGCCUGCGCCAAGGACGAGUACUGCGCCAAGCUGCGCGACCCGCGCGCCUGGGGCGGCGGGCCCGAGAUUGUGGCCUUGUCGAACGCGUUGUCCCGGCCGAUCCACAUCUACGAGCUCGUCUGGGCCUCGGCCGACGCGCCCUGCGCGCGCAAGAACCUUAGAGGAGGCGCCGCAGACAGCGCGCCGAACGCGCCGCGGUGGUGCGUCCAGUGCAUUGCGGAGUUUGGAACCCCAAAAUGGAGCCGGCGCUACCCGCCCAUCCACGUGCUUUCUUGUGAUUCCCGCUUUCCCCACCUCCAGCCGGAGCAGCAGCUCGAGCAGGGCAACCACUUCCUGCUCUUGUUUGAAUGCGACCCGCAGGAGGCGCGCGAGGCCGCGCUCGAGGCCGGGGCCGACGACAGGGCCGCCGAUCUCGUGUUCGCCGAAUGCGCGAGGCGGCGAGUGCAGAAGGCCAAGGCCGUGACGGCGGAUAGAGACGUUACCUGGGCGCCGUAUUAUGAUCCAUCGAAACCGCCGCGCCGGCGCUUCGGCGUGUCUCCUUUAUUAGUGGGGGCGCUUGGGGUGGUGGCGAAGCUGCGGUUUGGUUUAUAAGUAUGACAAGUUAAACAAA